AUGGCCAGUAAAAAUAUAUCUUCAUUAGACAUUAAAUUUUCACGGGCGGUAAUCUCAGAACAAUCUCUUGUACAACACUCUGAUGCAGAAUUAGUGGAAGAAUUACGAUCCCAGGGGGUCUGUGCCGCUCGUCGCAUUCACGUUCGACAGGACGGACGAUUAAUUCCCACAAAGCAUGUUGUUGUCACUUUUAAGACACCUGUUCUCCCAAAAUUUAUACGUGCUGGAUAUUUACGUUGUAAAAUUCGUCCAUACAUACCUAAUCCUCUGAGAUGUUAUCAGUGUCAGAGGUAUGGACACUCCGGACAAACAAGUCGUGGUAAAAUGGUAUGUGGCAAAUGUUCCUCAUUGGAUCAUGAUACUAAUGCAUGCGAUUCAGAAACAUUGGAAUGCCCUAACAGCGCAUGUGCUCAUCCAGCAUCGUCUAAAUUUUGCCCUAAUUGGCAAAUGGAGAAAGAAAUUCUGGCCAUUAAAAUUAAAAAUAACACAUCCUUUAGAGAAGCCCGCCAAAUAGUUAAUGAUAGAACGUCCUAG